GAAGUAUAACUAAAAAUGGCUGACGUGGAUACUUUGCCUUCUGCAGGCGUGGAAGAAGUGGAAGUCCAGAUUGAAGAAAUCAAACCUUUUGAAAACAACAAUUUAUCACCGCCACCAUCUGAGCCAAUCGGAGGUAAUGUCAAAAUCAUCAAUGACAAGGAUGCAGAUGUCGGGAAGGGAGAGAUAUUUGUUAAUGGUAAUGAGAAAGGCAAUGUUUCAAGUACCACCAACGGUGACAUUAAAGUCAAUGGUAAUGCUAGUGAUGAAGUUAUUAUCACUAAUGAAGAGGUCAAGGUCAAGAAUACCACUCCUAUAGAGGUCAAGGCCAAUGGUUCUUCUAAUGGAAAAAUAACCGUCAAUGGAUCUGCACCAAAACGAAGCAGUAUUGAUGAUCUAAUGCCAGCCACAUCACAGUUCACAACACAGAGAGAUGAUGCGGUCAAGCUCCGAAUGGACGAAACUGGACCCGGUGCUAUGAAACCACAAACUGUUCCAAGUGUUUUCAAAGGCACUGUAGACAAAGCUCCUAAUGCUACAGCUCUAGGUGUGAAGAGAGAUGGAGUGUGGGUAAGAUGGACAUAUAAGCAGUACUAUGACGAUGUCCGUCGUGUGGCUAAGGCGUUCAUCAAGCUUGGCCUGGAACCAUACCAUGGUGUUGGAAUCAUUGGAUUUAACUCGCCCGAAUGGUUUAUAGCUGACUUAGGUGCCAUAUUCGCAGGGGGAUUUGCUACAGGUAUUUAUACCACUAACACUCCAGAGGCUUGUCAGUAUGUGGCUGCUGAUUGUGAGGCUAAUAUCUUGGUAGUGGAGAAUAAUCAACAGCUCCAAAAGAUUUUGAAGGUCUGGGACAACCUGCCACACCUCAAGGCUAUAGUUCAGUAUACAGGGGAGGUGGCUGAGAGGAGGGACAAUAUCUACUCGUGGAGCGAAAUGAUGGCACUGGCUGAACAAGUCCAGGACUCGGAACUUGAAGAACGACUGCAGCUGCAGGCACCAAACAAGGCCUGCACCCUCAUAUACACAUCAGGAACUACAGGCAACCCCAAGGGAGUGAUGCUUAGUCAUGAUAAUUUGACCUGGACUACACAGAGAGUUGGGGAGAUUAGUAAGUUGGCUUUCAAUGCAGAUGUUGGUGUGAGUUAUCUCCCCUUGAGCCAUGUAGCGGCCCAAAUUAUUGAUCUGUACCUCCCUCUAGUACAUGCCAUGACUGUGUACUUUGCUCAGGCAGAUGCUCUUAAGGGUUCCCUGAAAGACACGUUGAAGGAAGUUCGUCCCACUGCCUUCCUGGGAGUACCCAGAGUAUGGGAAAAGUUUGCAGAGAAGAUGCAGGAGAAGAGUCAAGAAGUGAAAGGGAUCAAAAAAAAGAUUGGAGCAUGGGCGAAGGGAAAAGGCAAAGAGGGUGUGAUGGCAAAAAUGGAAAAUCGGUCACUUCCAUGGUUUUGGGGUUUAGCUAAUUCAUUAUUGUUCCGUCCGAUAAAAAAGGAGAUGGGGCUUGAUCGAUGCAGGAUCUGUGUGUCUGGAGCAGCUCCCAUCAUGAAAGACACCCUGGAGUUCUUCUACAGCUUUGACAUCACAGUAUUGGAGGUGUAUGGCAUGAGCGAAAGCACUGGUCCUCACACUAUAGGGACUAAUGAUUGCUUCAGGCUGAGCAGUGUUGGCAAAGAAAUACCAGGGGUACACACCAAACUGGCUGACAAGGAUGAUGAAGGAAAUGGAGAGAUAUGUAUGCAAGGUCGGCAUGUAUUCAUGGGUUACUUGAACAAUGCUGAAAAGAAUGAAGAGGCUUUUGACUCUGAUGGCUGGUUACAAUCUGGUGACAUCGGCAAAAAGGACAAAGACAACUUUCUCUAUAUUACUGGGCGUAAAAAGGAGCUGAUCAUCACGGCUGGGGGAGAGAAUGUGGCACCAGUACCAGUAGAAGACAUUGUUAAGGAGCAGUUGCCUGUCAUUUCUAAUUGUAUGCUUAUUGGGGACAAACGCAAGUUUCUGUCGAUGUUGAUCACAUUAAAGGUGACUGUUGAUCCUGACUCAGGGGAACCAACAGAUAAUCUCACUAGAGAAGCCAAACAGUGGUGCCAAUCUGUGGGAAGUGAAUCUACAAAGUUGUCUGACAUUAUAAAUGAUAAAGAUGCUGUUGUCCUUAACGCAAUUCAGGCUGGUAUCGAUCGCGCUAACAACAAAGCUGUCUCCCGCGCGGCAAGGAUUGCUAAAUGGUCUGUCCUACCCCAAGAUUUUUCUAUUCCUGGAGGUGAACUUGGACCAACUUUGAAACUACGAAGACCAAUUGUGAGCAAGAUCUACCACAAAACCAUUGAAUCCUUUUAUGCUGAGACAUGA